CAGGUCGAGAGAAUGCUGCGACUCUGAAGCUCGCGCCAACGAACCUGGACACCGGCUGGGCAUUCCAGUGAUGGAGAAGGGCCGGCUUAUUGACGGUAUCGUUCCCCCCCACUGGGUUGCAGUGAGCCUUAGAACCAGUGCCAGUCUCUGUGAGAGCCAAAGCUGCCUGCUAUAAACGGGAAGAGGUCACACUGAUAUGAAUGGCAAAGGGUGAAACCAUUCUCAGUUUAAAAAACGCACAAAAGAAAAGAAGACGAUACACCUCUCUUGAUUUGAUCCUCCCUUUCAUUUUUGGACAUGUAGCGGCCGUAUUUCCGUACUAGAAUCCAGCAGUCCUCGGAGCAGGAUGCAUGGCAGCGUCAGAAGCUCCGGGCAGGGGGUGGACAGUGGCGGGCGGUCUGCAAAGUUACAAAAGACUCCAAAGCAGGGCUACCGCAAACUGGGUGUGGUCAGUCGGUCUGGAUCCGGUUCAAAAUCAUCAGGGGGUAAAACCCUCUCCAUGGAGAAUGUCCAGUCGGUGAACGCAGCCUACGGCACGUCUGGCCCCACGUACCGGAGUGACCAUGAUUCCUCGGCAUCCUCGGGCGGUUACCCUAAAGGGACCAUGACAUUGGGCCGAGCCACAAGCCGGAACUCCUACAUAGGCCGGGCCACAGCCUUGGGAAGCAGCCCCAACAUCACCACCAUGACGUCAGGCACCCAGGGCUGUGGCGAGCAGAGCCACACCCAGCACCUGCAGACAGGGAGUUUGCGGAGGAAGGGAGGGCGAGGUGCCGGGGGGGUGGGAGAGGAUGUUCAGUUUCAGCUCCGGGAGCUGCAGAGAGAGAAUGAACUGCUGAGGAGAGAGUUUGAGGGGGGGAGGGAUGGGUGUCACGGGAAGGAGGGAAGGACAAGCUCCUCAGUCAACAGCGGUAAGAACAUCUGGGGCCCGGAAGCGAAAAGUCAAGACCGAAGUGUCAGGAAGGAGGAGGGCGGCCUCACAUCCAUCCUGAAGGAACAGAAGUGGAGCACUCCUGAGGAUGACCAGGCUUGGGAACCUAGAAGAAACAAGCACCUCCAGUUGUCAGUACACGGGCUAAUGGAGGAGCCAAGAGGCCACAGAGAUAUAAACAAUCGUCUUCAGCGUCAGAACUCAGGGUCUCACGCGAAUGUCUCCACUCACACAGGCUCCAACCGAGACCUCCACAUGGAAGACCACCGAGGCGGCCUUAGCCCCGGUCAAAGCCCUAAUAGCACCUACAACCCUGGGCCUCGAAACAGCUCCAUCUCUCCACACAGCUCUGGCUUCACCUCCAGCUCCAACCCCAGACACCACGAAGCUGACAUCCACAGCCCUGGGUACAGCUACGGCCAGGGCCCCAGACACAGCCCCGCUAACACCCUCAUUGUUGGGCCCAGAAACAGCCCAGCCCCUCGUCUCAGCCCUCCCCGAAGCCCCUGCAUGGUCCCCGGGUGCGACGGCUUCUCCUCCCCCCCUCCCCUGGAUCUGACGGAGGAGAACUUCAGCCGGCUGCAGUUGGAGCAUGAGCGUCAGGCCAAGGAGUUGUAUCUGCUGAGGAAGACUAUGGAGGAAAUGGAGCUCAGAAUUGACUCCCAGAAACAGACGUUGGGAGCCCGGGACGAGUCCAUCCAAAGACUGCUGGAGAUGAUACAGGGAGGAGGGAAGGGCCCAAGAGGCAAGAGGUCAGAUAUCAUCACUAUGGCAACAGCACGCGAGGAGGCGGAUUCCCAGCUAGGUCAUCUGGAGGACAUGUUGGAUCAGAGGGAGAAAGAAAACCUGCAACUGAGAGAGGAACUGCACAGGAGGAACCAACAAGACCCUACCAAGACCAAGGCCCUGCAGACUGUCAUUGAUAUGAAGGACACUAAAAUCUCGUCUCUGGAGAGGAACAUCCGAGACUUGGAAGACGAGGUGCAGCUGAUGAAGACCAGCGGGCUGCUCCACCCGGACGACCGUCUGGAUGAACUGAAACACAUGGACGUCUACAAGAGCCACUCCAAGUUCAUGAAGAAAAAGGUAGACCAGCAGAAGCAGGAGCUGAACAAGAAGGAAGCAGAGAUGCAGGCGCUACAGACCAAACUGGAUGCUCUAACCAACCAGAACUCAGAUUGCAAACAGCACAUAGAGGUGCUCAAAGAAUCCCUGAAUGCCAAGGAACAACGCGCUACCACUCUGCAGACUGAGGUGGAUGCGCUGCGCGUACGUCUUGAGGAGAAGGAGUCGUUCCUCAGUAAGAAGACCAAGCAGCUUCAGGACUUGACUGAGGAGAAAAGUACACUGGCCGGAGAGAUCCGGGAUAUGAAGGACAUGCUGGACGUCAAGGAGAGGAAGGUCAAUAUUCUACAGAAGAAGAUAGAUAAUCUACUGGAGCAGCUGAAGGACAAGGACAAGCAAUUGGUGGCUCUGCGAGACCGAGUCAAGGGUCUGCAGACUGACUCCAGCAACACUGACACAGCACUGACCACACUGGAAGAGGCCCUGUCUGAAAAGGAGCGAGUGAUCGAGCGUUUGCGGGAGCAGAAGGAUCGGGAGGACAGGGCACGGCUGGAUGAGGUGGAGAUGAUGAGGAAGGAUAAUCAGGACCUGAAGGAGAGACUCUCUAUCCUACAAGCACACACAAAUGGAUCCCAGAAUGCAGAGGAGUCAACCCGGAAGCUGCUGGAGGUCAGCGACAGAAUUAGGCUGCUGGAGCAAGAAGUGACACGCUACAGAGAAGAGUCUGGGAAGUCCCAGGCCGAGGUAGAAAGGCUCAUGGGUAUCCUUCGUGAGGCAGAGACAGAGAGAGCCAACAAGGAGAAGAAGAUCACAGAGUUGGAGCGACCUGGGCAAGUGAAGAGUCCAAACAUCCUUAAACAGACUGUUCUGCUGGAAGGAAGGCUGGAUGGACUGACAGAUGGGCAUCCACACUCGCUCUCACAGGAGGCCGUUCGGCAGACGGCAGAGCGAAUCAGAGAGUUGGAGCGAGCCCUGAAGGAGAGCAUGAACACCUCCGCCCACAGAGAGUCGCUGUGGGCCCAGGAGGAGGCCACUCGCAUGCAAGCUCAACGCGAGCUGGAAGAGUUGAUGAACGCCUUGGAAAAGACCAGACAGGAACUGGACGCCACCAGGCAGCGUCUCUCCACUACCCAACAAUCCUUGCAGGAGCGAGACAGUCACCUGUCCAAUCUAAGACAGGAGAGACGUAAACAGUUGGAGGAGAUACUGGAGAUGAAGCAGCAGGCCCUUCUAGCGGCCAUCAGCGAGAAGGACGCUAACAUUGCCCUGCUUGAGUUGUCCUCCACGAAGCGGAAGAAAUCACAGGACGAGGUGAUGGCGUUGAAAAGGGAGAAGGACAGGCUCAUGCACCAGCUGAAGCAACAGACUCAAAGCAGGAUGAAGCUUAUAGCAGACAACUAUGAUGAAGAACAUCUACACCCUCAUCAUUCUCACUAUCCUCACCACCCUCGACCAGGUGUACACCUGGCCCAUACAGUACACCCACCAUACCCACACCACCGGAGCCCUACAAGAGGACAACCACAUGCCAACCACAGACCUGCAAUGGACCAGCUGCUGACGAUUUGGGUCCUGAACCAAGUACACGUACACCCCCCCCCUCCUGUCCAUUUCAGAGGACCAGCUCAACUGUUCCAGGGGCCAACCUGACUGCAGUAGCCCUGGGAUCCUCUCUACCUGCCCUCACUGAAGACAAUCCAUUUUCAGCCUUCAAUUUAAAAAAAAAUAUUUUCUGGUGUUCACCAUCACCGCUCGUUAGAUGCCAGAUAUUUCAGAUUUUCAGUCAUACAGCAUUAAUCUAGUUGUCCUUUACAAUCAGAGAGCAGUGACUCACACUGGAAGGCCUGAUGACUACAGAUUUAAGUCUUCACAGCAACUGUCAACCAAUCAUUUCACUUACCUUGCGGAAUAAAAUCCAAAAGAACUGACCAGGAAGGGCCAAUGAAAAUGACCAAUGGGAAAUUAUUUUAAAAAUUCAGUUUGUGAGCCCUUUAAAGAAAUUGGGAGUGAGCAACUCCUUGUGUGGGUUUGUUUAUGUAGCCGCAGCCACAUACGGCUAGCAUUAGCAUCGUCCACAACAUGGAUCUCAGAUCCACACGGACCUUCGCAAUGUACCGUGCCAAAGGAACCACUUCCUAUCAGCAGACACACAGAGGAUGGGAACUGGGUUGGAUUUACUAUAGAACCCGUAAAAAGAACCUAGAUCACAGUUCUGUGUACCUUUCUCUGAAUCCUCUCAACUCUGCAAACAAUUCUGUAAUCCUAAUCAAUGGACAUUUCUCUAGAUUGACUGUCCUUCAGGUAGAUGCCCAUUACAUCAAGCAGUUCAACCCUCUUUCAUUAGAAACCUUAACUAUCAAGGGGGAACACAUAACUGAACUGACAUUAUUGUCUAGGGGCUUCUUCCUUCUCUGAGUGGAGGGUACUAACUGUGACCAAACGAAAACCUCUGAAGAAAACAAAACUCUGUUUAUACUUUUUUUUCCCGCUCUCCCUGGUGUACUUUGUUUGACUAACGAGUAUCAUGUUGUGUUUGGUUUUCUACAUCUGAAACAGAUUGAGUACUGUUCUCUUUGAGGUUUUUUAUCAGUGGUGUGUUUCUGCUUGUUGGUGAUGUUUGAUUUAGACGUUGCUUUAUUCAAUAGUUUACUUGCAACAUGCAUUGAACUGGCUGUAUCCAUAUUGAAGUUUUAAGGCAUCAGUCCUUUGUCCUUAUUACAGAAGAGAUUGAGGAGUGCAGCUUUAUGGUAGCCUCAUCUCAAAAGCAUUGUCUGUAUCACAGGCUGUGCUUAUCAGUUCAGUGGUGGUGAUUUUGUGUUGUGUGGUGUUUGAAAGUGGCAUGAUGCAACACGAUUUCAGUCCCCUGAAUCCGCUGCUAUUGUUUAGAGCUUGUUCAGUUUUCAGUGAGUAUGUAUGUUUGCUUGCACAGUUUUCUGUGUCCGUGGGAGCGAGCGUGUGUAUUUGCAUGUGUGAACAGCGCUGGGUCUCUGUGUGCAGGGUCAAACUGUGUUAUUUACUUGUUCUGCAGUCUGUUGCUGUGGUCAACAUGUUUGUCAUCCAAUAAAGUGUGACGUUUUUCUCA